AUGGCGAUGCCUACAGCAAAUCCAUCUCAAACUAUUGAUUUGGACAAACAUGAAGAUGGUAAUGUUCAAAAGAAAAAGAAAAGGAAAGUUGGAGAAGUUGGUGAUUCUAAUGCUAAUGAUUCUAAUGAUAGAGAUUCAGGUAAACAAAAACCUUGUAGGCCUAAAUCUUGGGUUUGGGAUCAUUUUACAAGAGACACUUCGGGUACUCGUGCUAAGUGUAAUUGGUGUACGAAGUCGUAUGCUGCUGAUUCACACAAAAAUGGAACCACCAAUUUAAAUAACCAUUUGUUGCAUCAAUGUAAAAAAAUUCCCAAGAGUGUUCUUGAUCCUACUCAAACCACUCUUAGCCUUCAAGAAGGCGGUAAAGCAACUAGUAAUAAUACACUUGUUGGUAUCCAUUUUGAUGUUGAAUUAUGUAGACAAGCCUUAGCUAGAAUGGUAAUUGUGGAUGAGUUGCCUUUUUCGUUUGUUGAAAAUGAAGGAUUUCGUUAUUUUAUGAGUGUUACACAACCUAGGCUCCCACUUCCGGGAAGGAUUUCAAUUGCUAGGGAUUGUUUGAGUCUUUACAUGAGUGAAAAACAUAAGUUUAGAGACUUGUUUACUAAAACAAAUCAAAGUGUCUGUCUAACAACUGAUACUUGGACUUCCGUGCAAAAUAUUAAUUAUAUGGUUCUUACUGCGCAUUUCAUUGAUCAAGACUGGAAGUUGCGUAAAAGAAUUCUCAAUUUUUGUCCAAUAACAUCUCAUAAGGGAGAGAUAAUUGGGAAAAGAUUGAAAAGUGUUUGGAGGGUUGGAUGA